AUGAUUAAAUGGAUAGAUUUAGAAAAAGAAGAACUUAUGAAAUUUUUAGCUCUAUUCUUAUGGGACAUGUCAGAAAAAGAAAGCUCGAAGAUUAUUGGAAUACUUCUCCAAUAUAAUAAUGUUACAUCUGAUCAUCCAUUGAAGAAAUUGAAAUCGGUUAUAGAUAAUUUGAAAGCAAAGUUUGCGACCAUAAUAGAUCUAGCAGAAAAAUUAUGCAUUGAUGAAAGUCUUGUUUUGUGGAAAGGUCGACUAUCUUUCAAACAAUAUCUACCUUUGAAACGCCACCGAUUUGGUAUAAAAUUAUUCAAACUUGUUGAUUGUGAGACCGGAAUAAUCUUGGACUUCAUCAUUUACACAGGGGUGAAUACUGAUUUUGAGAAGUUCGAUUUAGGUGUUUCAGGUGAUGUUGUUGCUCAUAUGAUGAGACUUUAUUUCAACAAAGGUCACAUUCUUUACAUUGACAAUUGGUAUUCCUCUCCGAAAUUGGCUGAAUUUUUGCACGAUAAAGACACAGGUUUAUGCGGUACGAUAAAGAAAAACAGAAAAAGGGAUUACCAUGCUUGGAUUCGAAACUUGAAAAGGGAGAAGUUCAACUUGCACAUAACAUGA